GCAAGUCACGUGACUUCCCUUUUGACGAGGCGACUUUCCGGCUACGCACGCUGGAACAAUAAUAGCUGAACUAAAUUAAUUUUUUUGUUGUUGCGUAGACGCAAAAGGACAUCUGUAGUUGAUUAAUCAGACCACUAAACAUGGGAAUCAAAUUCCUGGAGUUUGUGAAACCGUUCUGUGCCGUCUUGCCAGAAAUCGCCAAACCGGAUCGAAAGAUCCAGUUUCGAGAGAAGGUGCUAUGGACAGCAAUUACUUUGUUCAUCUUCCUUAUCUGCUGCCAGAUUCCACUGUUUGGCAUUGUCUCAUCAGACUCGGCAGAUCCCUUCUACUGGAUCCGUGUCAUCCUGGCUUCCAACAGGGGUACACUGAUGGAACUGGGUAUCUCGCCAAUUGUCACGUCCUCACUGAUUAUGCAGCUUCUGGCUGGUGCCAAGAUUAUUGAAGUGGGUGACACACCCAAAGAUCGCGCUCUCUUCAAUGGAGCCCAGAAAUUGUUUGGUAUGGUGAUGACCAUUGGACAGGCUAUUGUAUAUGUGAUGACUGGCAUGUAUGGUGACCCUGCAGACAUCGGUGCCGGUGUUUGUCUGCUCAUUGUCAUUCAGUUAUUUGUGGCUGGCAUUGUUGUCCUGCUGCUUGAUGAGCUGCUGCAGAAGGGCUAUGGUCUGGGUUCUGGAAUCUCGCUUUUUAUCGCCACCAAUAUCUGUGAGACUAUAGUCUGGAAAGCUUUCUCUCCAGCCACUGUCAACACAGGGAGAGGAACUGAGUUUGAAGGUGCAGUCAUUGCACUGUUCCACCUGCUGGCUACUCGUCAGGACAAAGUUCGGGGUCUGCGUGAGGCUUUCUACCGACAAAACCUUCCCAACCUCAUGAACCUACUAGCCACUGUCUUAGUCUUUGCAAUUGUCAUAUAUUUUCAGGGAUUCAGGGUGGAUCUGCCUAUCAAGUCAGCACGCUACCGUGGGCAACAGACCUCCUACCCAAUCAAACUGUUCUACACUUCCAACAUCCCCAUCAUUUUGCAAAGUGCUCUAGUGUCUAAUCUGUACAUCAUCUCCCAGAUGUUAGCCACAAAGUUCAGCGGAAAUUUCUUUGUCAGCUUAAUUGGAGUCUGGGCUGAUGUUGGAGGUGGUGGACCUGCCCGAUCUUAUCCUAUUGGAGGACUUUGCUACUACCUUUCGCCUCCAGAGACCCUGGGCCAUAUAUUAGAAGACCCUAUUCAUGCCGUGCUGUACAUCAUCUUUAUGCUGGGCUCUUGCGCCUUUUUCUCUAAAACUUGGAUUGAUGUUUCAGGUUCCAGUGCCAAGGAUGUGGCCAAACAGCUGAAGGAUCAGCAAAUGGUGAUGCGUGGCCAUCGUGAGAAGUCCAUGAUCAAAGAGUUAAACAGGUACAUCCCAACAGCAGCUGCCUUCGGUGGACUUUGCAUCGGUGCCCUAUCUGUCCUGGCUGAUUUCCUUGGUGCAAUUGGCAGCGGCACAGGUAUUUUGUUAGCUGUCACCAUCAUUUACCAGUACUUUGAGUACUUUGUCAAAGAGCAGAGCGAAAUGGGUGGCAUGAGCACCCUCCUUUUCUAACCAUUCACUGCCUAGUGCCAACGUUAGCACUCUUUUCGUAGAAUGUCUACACACAUUGGGGUUUUGUCAGCAGUUCAGCUGCUGUGCUGCUACCACCUACAUCCUAUUUCCUCGGCUUCAUCGUGCAGCAAGUGGAUGAACAUAGUAACUAGUCUUCUGUGACUGUUGCAACGUCCAGCAUUUGGUUUAAACAUGCCAUGACACACACAAAAAUGUGUCUUACAUGUCAGAGCUUGUGCUAUACUUUGCAAGAAAGAACUUGCCUGUUAGUUUUUUUUUUAAGUUCAAUUUCUGCUAUACAGAGUCACAAAGAACCUUUUUAAUAUCUUAGCAUUUCUUUGAUCCUUCACUUUUUUAAUUAAAAAAAAAAAAGCUUGCAGAGGAUCUAUACCUCUUUAAGAAAAUCUCAGUAACAUAGAAAAUGGCAGAUGGGCAAAUUACAUUAUAUGCAGUCUUUAUGGUUUUUAAUGCGUAAGUUUUAGAAAUAUUAACAUAAGCAUGGCGGCCUUGGCUGCUUGAGACUUUGGUAAAGGUGUGUAAUGAUAAAAUCAUUAUGCAUCCACAUGUUAUAGAGGUGGCGUUUUCUUUUUUUCUCUUUUUGGUCAACAUUAUUGCAGCAGAAGUGUUUACUACUUUUUCCUGGUAAAGGGGAGGGGGAUGGGCUGGUGUAAGUAUGCAUUAUGCUUCGCAGAUGUUUGGCAGAAUCGUCUGUCUAGACACUGCUGAUUUGUUCAUUUGUCAGAAAUGUUUCAUUCAUAGACAGUGUGGUUAUUUAAAACAUGGGUUUGGUUGUCUUCAAGUCUUAUGAGCUCAAUAAUGUGUUUUCUAGGUGUAAAACCUUCACAUCAAUUCAAAAUUGGACAUUUUCUUCCUUGAAAAGCAGGGUGCUCGAAAAGUUUAAUGUGAAGUGGCCCCUAUGUAGUUAUUUUUUAGAAAGUAUAUUUAUAUAUUGUCUGUGUUUAUAGUAAUUCAUGCUUCAUGAUUCUGAUGCAGUUGUGCAAGACCUUUAGAUUUCAGAUAUUUUAUAAAUGCCCCACACAGGGUGAGGGUAUGAACAGCAUUGUGCUGCAUGCAGUGUGAGGGUGGGUGGGGAGGAAUGGUGUGCAUCUUCAGCAAGACACUUUUGGUGGUUCCAUUCUGUUUUCAGUCCAUGGCAUGCAUGUUUUGAGAUUUUGUCAUCUUUGUGUGUGGAUGGAAAAGCGUCUUUAUUGUGAAUGGUUAAAUGGGUGACAGUAAUAAACAUUAUAACACCAA